GUGUAGAUUCAAAUAUGAGGAGAAACAUGAUCAAAGUUGAAUAGGGAUGAGUGGAGUUAGAGAGGAUGGCGCAUCUUCCAAACACCAUGCCCAUAUGAUAGGGGGCGACGGUCCCAACAGUUAUGGUCGCAAUUCUGCAUACCAGAAGGAAUUGUUGGUUCCUGCUCAUGAUUUGCUUCAACAACUAAUCUCCAAGCAUCUAGAUACAAACAACAGUACUCAUGACACAUUCCGCAUCGCGGACUUGGGGUGUUCCGUGGGCGGCAACACCUUCUUCGCAGUGGAGAACAUGAUCGGAGCCGUGGAGAGGCGAUACGAAUCCGACCGUCGUCGCGUCCCCGAGUUCCACGUGUUCUUCAACGACGUGAUCGGCAACGAUUUCAACACUCUCUUCAAGCAGCUCCCUGCGGCGAGGACCUACUUGGCUGCAGCCGCGCCAGGGUCGUUCCACGGACGCCUGUUUCCUAAAGAAAGCAUCCAUUUGGCACACUGCUCGACCGCGCUCCACUGGCUGUCGAGGAGUCUGGAGAGUUCGAACAAGGGGAGGAUUCACUAUGCAGGAGCAGGGAGGGAAGUGAGGGAGGCGUACGCUGCUCAGUACAAGAGGGAUAUGGAUUGUUUCUUGCGAGCGAGAGGCGAGGAGCUUGUAGCCGGAGGGUUAAUGGUGCUGAUUUUGAUCGGAUAUCGUGAUGGAUUUGUUCUUGGUUCCGAUUCUAGCAUUGGUGAAUCAUUUGAUAUACUCGGAUCGUGCCUCUAUGAGAUGGCCAAGAUGGGGAAGAUAGGUGAGGAGGAGGUGGACUGUUUCAACUUGCCCUUUUACUAUCCGUGUGGGGCGGAGGUGGAGGCGGUGAUUGAGGCGAACGGUUUGUUUAGUGUGGAGACGUUGACGGAGAUGGGUGCUCCGAUGAAGGGAGAAGCGGACCCUGCAACUCUGGUGGGUCAUAUGAGAGCUGUGAUAGGGGUGCUUGUUGAGGAGAGGUUUGGAAGUGGAGUUGUGGAAGAGCUGUUUCAGCUGCACUUAAACAAAACGAUAGAGAGGGCGAGGGAGAAGCCCUUUAUUUAUGAGAGCCGCCACAGAGAGAUUAUCCACUUUGUCUUGCUCAAACGAAACAACCCCUCAUAAUUUUUAUUGUUUCAAUGUUAGGUUUUGGAUGCUUCAUCCAUUCCUCUCAUUCUUUCUAUUGUUUUCGUUGGUGUGUUUCGAUUUUGGUUGAUGGGUCAAACAAUGGACAAUUAAUGGUACUAUGGUAGUGUGUCUUCCAAUUCUCA